AUGGGGACAACGAUAAACAAUCAAGAAAAACAGGACAAUGUGUCUGCCGGGCUGAAUGAACCACCAGGCCUCCGGAAGAUCAACUUCUGCCAACAUUACCGUCUCCAGCUCUGGAAGAGUUUUCUCCUUCGAAGUCGUCAGCCUUUUUUCCUCAUCUCCGAGCUCCUCCUACCCCUCCUCCUUCUAUUUGUUCUCAUUGGAAUGCGGCAUGCUGAAGAACCCACCGUCCAUCCGCCCUGCCACAUCACCCCCCAACCCCUGUCCAGCAUGGGCUUUCUCACAUACCUACGUUCCCUCAUCUGUAGCUCAAAUCUCACCUGUACAGCCUACAAUGAUGACCCACCACCUGGCGACCUUUUUGGCCUGCCCCAUUGGCUGCUCGAUCUCGCCAAUCUCAGCCAAUCAGAUUCGAGCAACUUUGCAGAUUUACCCCUGACCGCUCAGUCAAUGUCUGUGGAAACUUUGGUCAAAAGCCUUGAGCAAGCUAGAACCGGAGGUAACGAGUCAGCCCUAGCAACCACCCUGGACUUCAUUGACGCUCUUGGUUGCGAUGAGAAGACCUUUAGUCUGUUGUCUGCCAUCACAUCGCAGCGGCAGUUGACAACGCUGGCCAGAGCCUACUGCCUCUUGCCGGUCAGUUUGAGACGGUUCCUGCGCAGUGGCCUAGGUGGCCGCCUUUCAACCGCUGAUGACAAUCCUUUUGCCUUUACUGAUGACCUCAUCGACGCAUUCAAUGUCUUAGCAAACGCGCGCUCGUCCGCCCAGACACGCAACAUGUCUGCGCUGCUGGAGGCCGUGAAACGCGUCUCUAUCCCCGUCUGUGGCAGUCGUCCAGGGCAGAACGACUUCCUCAACCUGGCGGAUUUCUUGGCCUCACAGAGCACGAAACUCCCAGUGGGCAGCUCAAAGGCUAGCACCUCUACUCUUAGUCAGUAUCUUGGCGACAUCCCCACAAAUGCUACAGCCUGUCCCACCCUCAAGGCCAUCUUUGCUGUCGAACCGAUGCGCCCAUGGACUCUGCGACUGCAAACUCUGAUGCAGGGCCGCAUUUUGUACCAUCCUGUCACACCGCUUACCCAGCGAAUCGUCAGCGGAGCCAAUCAGACGACGAGGAUGUUCAAACGCCUCAAGGUCGCCUCCGGUGUAUGGGUGAACAUGGAGGCUGAAGUUCUGCCAAAGAUAUUUGUGAAUAGCACCCUGGUCAGGCAACUGCGUAGACUGGCUGCCGUCUGUUUACUCUUACCCAACCAGCCGGCAAACGUAACCGAGAGUUGCCGCCGUCUAAAAUACUUUCUGCAAGAGGACAAACGACCACCGACUGAACCGGACGCAAACACCACGUCCUAUCUCCAUUGGUCUGACUUGAUUGAACCAAUCGCAGCCCUUAGCGCCGCGGUGGACAACAUCCUCUCCAGCUGCAUCAAUUAUGAUCGUUUUGUUGGCUACUCUAAUUCCACUUUGAUGGAAGAGACGGCGCAGAACCUUAGUGCUGCGGGCCGGCCCGUGAUGAUGUUGUUUUUUGAUGAGGCACCAGCCACUUCUGCUAAUCUGACCGACUUCAAUUCCACCCUCCUAAUUACUCGUUUUCGCCUGCCUUCCUCUGUUGUGGACUCGACCCGCAAGUUCAAGGUCCUCGACAAAUAUUGGACCCCCUCGCCACGAAAUCGGGUCAGGGACUCGAUGAAGUACUUCACAAGUGGUUUCAUUGAUGUGCAGGAACAGAUUGCACGCUCCUACAUCAGAAUUGUUGGUGGCCAGGAAACUUAUGCGAACGGGAGCGAUCUCUACUCGAAUCUCCUGCUCCCGGUGGAAAUGAAAUUUGUACCCGGUCCCUGUUACCAGGUGGAUCCAAUGUUGACUACAUUUGCAUCUAAUCUGCCCACCAUCGUCGUCAUUAUUUGGAUCUGCACUGUGGUCUUUGCUGUGCGUGCCAUCGUCUACGAGAAGGAGUGUCGACUGAAAGAAUUUACUAAGGUAAUGGGUAUGAACAACCUGGUGCAUUGGCUGAAUUGGUGGACGGUCAGUUGUGUUUUGAUGGGCAUCUCCAGUCUCUGCGUAGCCCUGAUGCUCAAAUUCGGAGGCAUUUACCCCAACUCCGACUUCUUCUUGGUUCUCUGCUGUCUUCUCGCUUACCUCUGGGCCAUCAUUCCACAGGCUUUCUUUGUCUCCGUCUUCUUCACCAAAGCCAACUUCGCUGCGGUAGUCUCGGGCAUAUUUUACUUCGUCAUGUUCAUACCCUACUCCUUCGUCCUCUUAUACGACCUCGACUACGUACAGUCAUCUGUGAUAUCCCUUUGCCCACAAGUGGCCCUGGCGCUGGCCUUCACUCGCCUGGGAGGUUUAGAGAGGACGGGACAGGGCGCGCAAUGGAACAAUCUGUGGGGCACGGAGCUCACUAAUGAGCCAUUUACGCUUGGAAACUGUCUAGUGAUGUUGUUGAUCGACGGCCUUCUAGCCUUGCUCUGUACGGCCUACCUAGAGGCCGUCUUACCGAGUACCUACGGCGUUCCCCGAAAGUGGUACUUUCUUUUCACUGGAACCUUCUGGAAGGUUGUCUGUGGCAAGUGUUGCCGCAGUCGCACCAAAAGAAACAAAGACUUUGGCGUGGGGGGUGGUGAGCUUCCGCCAUCGUCGUCGUCACUGUCCUUGUCGUCAUCCUACGCGCUGCCGCAAGCAGCACCACCGUCUCAACAAACCUACGAUCAGUUCCACGAACCUCCGCCAGACAAACAUUCCGUUGGCGUAUCGAUCCGUGGUCUCACAAAGACCUACCGCGGAGGGAAACAGACGGCCGUCAACAAUUUGUGGGCCGACUUCUAUGAGGGUCAAAUCACCUCCUUCCUGGGUCAUAACGGAGCUGGCAAGACCACAACUAUGUCAAUUCUCACUGGCAUCUAUCCGGCCUCCAGUGGAGACGCUUAUAUUUGCGGCAAAAAUAUCAGGACGGAAAUGUCAGCCAUCCGAACGUUUCUGGGUCUCUGUCCUCAACAUAACAUCCUCUAUGAUCGCUUAACCGUGAGGGAACACCUCGUCUUCUACGGUUCGAUUAAGGGUCUAUCGAAGGAAGAGUUGGCAGAGGAGACAAAUGCCUUCCUUCAGCAGCUGGACCUCGUAGACAAGGCAGACGACCUGAGCCAGAGUCUCUCUGGUGGUCAAAAGAGGCGCCUCUCUCUGGCAGCAGCCUUCAUUGGUGGCUCCAAAAUAGUGUUCCUGGACGAACCCACAGCAGGCGUAGAUCCACACUCUCGACGGUCUAUCUGGCAGUUAAUUCUACGCUUCCGGGCGUCGCGCACCAUCAUUCUGACCACACAUCACAUGGACGAGGCGGAUGUCCUUGGCGACCGCAUCGUCAUCAUUUCACAAGGUCACCUCAAGGCCAGUGGAUCGAGUCUGUUUCUAAAGUCAAACUUUGCCAAAUCAUAUUACCUCACUGUGGAGAAGGCUACAGAGGAGAAAUCGCGGCUGAUGCUGUCUGCUGAAGAGGUGGAUCGACAGUUGAUGGAAUGUCUGGCUGGUCAGUUGCCAGGCGUUCAGCUGAUCACCUCCAACCCAACUGAAUGGAUGUUCGCUCUGCCUGCCCAGCAUGCUUUAGACGGUGGAUUUGCUGACUUUUUCGCCUUUUUGGACUCCCACCGGACGGAAUUUCGCGAACGCUUUGGUUUCGCACAUUAUGGCCUUUCUGAUACUACCCUAGAGGAAAUAUUUCUUCUCCUCUCCGAAGACCCCAGUGAGGCCAUGUGCCUCCUGUUAGCUGAGAGUGGAGCUAAGGGCCACUUGAGACUGCGUGGCCGUCGACGCCGUCACUGGGGUCGAGGACGUCUAGGUCCUGUCGAAAGUCCUCCGGUCGAGACAAGGCAGCCGGAUGAGGAGUCGACUGAGCAGCAGGAGGAGCAGACUUACAUCGGCAGUAGCAAUCAAAGUCCCUCACUGGAUAUGCGGUUCGUGCCUCCCACCGUCCAACCCCUCAAAGGAGUCCGCCUUUGUGCGCAGCAGAUGAAAGCCUGUCUGACGAAGCGUCUGCGUUACGUGCAGCGAAGCAAACGUGGCUGGUUUCUGGAGAUGGUCCUUCCCGUGUGCACAGUUCUCAUCCUCAUGGCAGUGACAAUAAGCUAUCAAGUUGCGAACGAGGAGCCCAACAUGCCGCUUCAUCCCUGGCUCAUGGCUGACACAGCAAAUCCACCCCAACUGCGCACCUUCUACUCGACAAAUGUCUGGGCGACGAACUCCACCGAGCAGGAUGGCAAUGGUAGUAGUAGUCAGUCUGCCAUCUCUGACAUACGCCGAGUCUCCCAACUCUAUGCUGACCACGUGCUCUCUCGAACCGGUUGGUCUGGUGCUAAAUGCCUCCCCUCUAGCGUUUACAAGUUCAUACCCUCCAAGUUUGCUGGCUGCUCGGACUCAUUCUUCCCUCCGAAGAGUGGUGUUUUCAGACUGACUACUGCUCAGUUAGAAAAGGUUCUGACCUCUGCGAACCGCACUUGCUCCUGUACCAGCGACGGUCGUUUCAUGUGUAACCUAGAGGCGGUGGGUGGAUUUGAACCACCAAUCUGGCCACUGGCCACUUCGAACAUCCUCUACAACCUCACCGGUUAUAAUAUCUCCGACUACCUUCUCAAAACGCAAUUUAGUUCCAUUCUCAGGCGCUAUGGUGGCCUAGAUAUUGUGGCUGUCAAAGAUCCCGCUCGUAUUGGUGCUGCGCACGCCUUCUUGGCCAAUCAGACGCGAGUCGCUCACAUCCUGGAUGCCCUCUUCGAGGAUGAUCGCAUCACCCAGUUGGGGCUGGAUCUUGCCGACAUUCUGCGGCUGAACCUCCCGCCCACGCAUUUUGCUCGCGUUUGGUACCAUAACAAGGGCUAUGUUGCAAGUGUCGCCUAUCUAAACCUCCUACACAACCUUCAGCUGCGGAUGCUGCUUCCACAGGGUCCUGUAGGUAGACGAGCAAGAGCGAGAGGCGUGGAGUAUUCUGAUUUUGCCAUCGUUGCAUCCACGCACCCAAUGGCCCAGCGGAAGCUGCAGUUCGAUGGUUUUGAUAGCUCCCAACUCUUCUCAAUGAUGAUUGAGCUGUUGAAAUCCGUUGGCACUAUUCUUGCGCUUUCUUACGUGCCCUCCAGUUUCGUCAUCUUCCUCAUCCGUGAGCGCUGCGUGGGUUCGAAGAGUCUCCAAUUCAUGUCAGGUCUGAAUCGCACCAUAUACUGGCUCUCAACCUACAUCUGGGAUGUGUGCAACUUCCUUGUCCCCGUGAUUAUUAUUGUUAUCAUCUUCCUAGCCUUUAACGAGGAGGCCUAUGUGGGUAGAGACAGUGUGGGUGGCUUCAUCGCGAUAAUGGUGAUAUUUGGCGUCUGUGUCAUUCCCCUCAUGUAUCUCUUCACUUUCGUAUUCCGUGUGCCAAGUCUGGCCUUUGUGGUUCUGCUGGCUGCUAAUCUGAUGAUCGCCGUGGUCACUUCCAUGACUGUGUUCAUGAUGGAGAUGGCUCAGGCUGAUAACGACUCUAUACGGGCGGCUGCUGAUGUUCUGAAGAAGGUCUUCCUCGUCUUCCCCCAGUACGCUUUCAGCAGGGGCUUCUACGACCUGUCCUUUCGGCAUACCAUUCGUAGCUUGAAGCUAGACAAUCUCUUUGAGACCGAUGUCUUCGCCUGGGACAUGCUCGGCUGCAAGAUCGCUAGUCUGCUUUUGGAGGCUGUCCUCUUCUUUGGCUCAGUACUCGCCGUUGAGUACAACUCAGUCAGGUGCCAGUGUCGCAGGCGACAAGACGUGUCUGCCACCGCUAUGGUCUCCUCCGUGGAGGGGUGGAUGGAACAUGAUGUGAUGGAGGAGCGUCUGCGCGUCUACCAGGUGAGUUGGUUUCUUGGAGAACGUUUACUUUUUUACCCGGUGAUUUUUGUAAAUUAGGGGCUGUUUUUAAGAGUCAAGUAGCUCUAGUAAACUCUUCCAGACUUCUAGGACCAGGACUAGGGAUUGCAGAUUAGCCAGGAAGGACCUUUCCGGCCUCGUUCGCUUUUCUCAAGAGGGUUUGUUUCCUGAAAUAAUACUAUUAUAAGCGUCGGCAGUAGCUCUUUUUUACUAUCGACAUUAGCCGUUGAAGUGUUUUGGGGUGAUCCUAUGCCUGAUGAUGGCAUAGACGUUAGAAAUGACAAUUCCCAUGCUCCAGCAUACUGCAUACUUCAUGUCUAUACAUGUUCCCGGACAUAAAUGAGAAGAAAAAGCGAUCUCGGGAACCAUAGUUUUACUGUCAUGACGUUUCAAAAGCAUACAAGCUUCCAUCGUCGGAGGUGAGUGUGGUAUCGCGCCUCACAGUAUUCAUAAGUGGGUGACAGUCAUGUCAAGACGGGUUUUUUACAUAUGAAGUCAGGGCGGCAGGAGGGGGGGGGGGUUCUUUCGCCGGAUGAGGGGGUGGGGGGGUGAUAGAUCAGCUUUAGUGGUCGCCAACCGCAUGCACACAUGGACUGUGGCGGACGGGGGGGGAGGGAGGGUGACGGAAUGUACUCAAUUUACAUCGGAGGCCGGCGUUGAGACGUUUGUGGUCGUCGUUCCUACCUUCAUUGACCGUAGCUGUUGUCCUAGGCUGGCAAUUUUGUUUACGCCGCAACGACUGUCCGUUUUCUCGUCCGCCGAACUAUUAGAUGGACCGGCUGUGGUGAAGACUGCGCCUUCAGCGGAACCAUGUUGAGGGGUGGCUGAGUGUGUAUCACCCGUGCUCUCGCUCAUGUCUGGAUUCAUGUUUGGCCUGGGUUCACGUCUGUUCAUUUGUUUACUGAGCUGCGCUCGAAGGGCUUGAUAGGCAGCGGGAAGAGCCACACAACUGUUGAUGGAGUUUCUCCCCAUGUGCCAAGCCUCGAUUGUCUCCCUGGCUAUGCGAUCGUUUCCUCGGCCCAGAAUUUCGGCAUACUGAAAGACGAACGUGUGUCCGGAAUCGGCGCAGUAUUCGGCCACCAGAGACAAAGGGUCCAUUCGCCUUACUGCCCACAUGUGUUCUCCAACACGGGUCUGUAGCCGUUUGCAGGUCUCUGCAAUGUAGUUUACUUCGCAGGGGUUAUAACGGAUCCGGUAGAUGACGUUCGUGGUUUCACCUAGUGGCAGAGGGACCUAAGGUCUCAUGACCAGAUGUCGAAUUGUUGACUCCGGUCGGUGGGCGAUGCCGAUCCCCAGCGGUCUUAAGAGACGCGAGACAGCCUCAGAAACGCCGUCGAUGUAUGGAAGCGCCCGCCAUAUUGUUGGUCGUUCUGUCACCAAACGUCGGCUCGGUCCGGCCUGUCUGCUGCUUUCGAUGAAGUUGCGAGGAUACAUGUUGGCCAUGAAGAGGCGCUGGAGGUAGCGUAGUUCUGACCGUCUGUCUUCCGGCUCGCUGCAGUGUGUUUUAGCCGUUCUGUAGAGUGUUCACACACAACUGCUUUUGUGGCCUAACGGGUGCUUACUGUGGAAGCUCAGGAUUUGUCGCGUAUUAGUGGCCUUCCGAUAUACCGUCGUUUUGAGGUGCCCAUUUGGUUUUCGAUGGACGAGAACGUCCAGGAACGGCAGUUGGUUGUUGGCUUCCGCCUCCAUUGUGAACUGGAUGUCAGGGAAAACAGAGUUCAGGACAUCAUGGAAUUCUUGGACCAUUUGCAGCUCAAUGAUGACGGAGGUAUCAUCGAUUUAUCGAGUCCGAAAUUUCGGCUUAUAGGUUGCGAAAACUAGGGUCUCUACUUUUUGGAGAACUGCCUCUGCGAUGAAGCCCGAGAGUGGCGAUCCCAUUGGCUUCCCCUUGACCUGCUCGUAGGUCGUACCUUCGAAGGUAAAGUACGUCUUCAGGCAGCAUCUCAGAAAUUGGACGAGAUGUCUCCGUUUUACCGUCACGCCCGUCUGGUCGUACUGACUCUCGAGCAGCUCGCUGACCGUUUCGACUGCCGGGUCUUGCGGAAUCGAAGUGAAAAGAGAGGUGACGUCGAAUGACACCAUGACCUCGUCUUCGGCAUGUCUCAUCCCUUUGAUCCGCCCCAGGAACUGAGUCGCUGAACAGACCGUCGUGCCCGCGUCUGAGGUGAGAGACCUCAGGUUUCGAAACAGCCAUUUAGCCAAAUUAAAUGUAGGUGUGCCGCGCAAUGAUACGACUGGCCGGAGGGGGACCCCGGCUUUGUUUACCUUUGGUAGUCCGUAAAACCUUGGUGCGGCCGCGUCUUUUGGCUUAAUGACCAUUCAUACCGAUUUACUUAUUGCCUUGCUCGUUGGCAUGUCGGCGAGGGUCUUGUCCAGUUGCGUCACCAGCUUUCUCAUCCGUUCAUCGUUGCAUGGUAGGUACGCUCGUCGGUCCUCCAGUAGGGCAUUGGCCUUCUGAAUAUAGUCUGCCUUAUCCAUCACAACUGUGGAACGCCCUUUGUCUGCUGGUAGAAUCACGAUGCUGGUGUCAGCCCUCAGUGUCCUUAGAGCACUCUGCUCGGCCUUGGUGAUAGUUGCACGCGGUUUGUGCGCCAUCGCCAAGGUGGUUACCUGCUGUCGAAUGAGUUGCUUUGUUUCGUCCGAUUCCCCGGUUUGUUUGAGAAUCGACUCUACCGUGGCCGCGAGAUUUACUGGAUCGGCGUCUGUGGUGUUGUUGCAUGCCUCAUGACUCAGCACUUUCCUUUGUGCAGGAGUCAGCUGCUUAGAGGACGUAUUGUGCACCAGGACUUCCUUCUCCUCUUGAGAUGAUUGGCUUAUGCUUUGGAGCUUGACCGCCAGCUCGGCAUCUCUCGUUGCUCGCAGGUUCCGGGCCCGUUUAUUAAUCACUUGUCGCAACUGCGUGACUCCGUCCUCACCGAUGAGUUCGACGCACUUUGUAACCGCCUGACUUAAAACCCUGUAUUCAUGUGUAAAAAACCCGUCUUGACAUGACUGUCACCCACCUAUAAAUAAUAUGAGGCGCGAUACCACACUCACCUCCGAUUAUGGAAGCUUGUAUGCUUUUGAAACGUCAGGACAGUAAAACUAUGGUUCCAGAGAUCGCCUUUUCUUCUCGUAUAUAAAUAUGUAUAUCUAUCCUUCAUCAUCCCCAAAAGAAGACGAAUAAAAUAAAGGGGUGAUUGCACGGAUCACACUGUAUUGGUGCUGACGUUUCGGAAACUUCCUCGUUUCUAUCAUCAGAGUGGUGGGGUGUCUGUUCCUGCUGGCUCCGAGUUGUUCUGUCUCGCCGCCUGUCUUGUGUUAUAGGCAUGCCUGACGCACGAACUCUGACCUGCCUUCGGGCUGGUGAUUGGCUUUGGUCCCUCCGCGGGCGGCCGAUAGCACGCUCCUAUGACCCCUGCCCCCUGACCGGCUGUCGUAAUCGCUGCAAAUCCUGUGUGCCCUCCCCUCAUAAUCGGAUGGGCUGACCAGCUGUCGUUGCAUGUGCGAAUCACGCUCGGCUGUUUGGGCGCGCCGGUGGGUCGAUGUCUUGGUCGUGUGACCUCCGGCUGGCUAUUUCCCCCUGUUGUGAAGGUGAUAACUGCUGGAAGAGCCCCGACUCGUUCGCCAGUACUGUUGGCCUCGUCUGGACUGAGUGGAACCUUGUGCGUAGCGCCUGGUAGGCCGGAUGAAGAUCAAUAGCCCUGUUGAUUGUACCAAUUGAGGACCAGUUUUCGAGCACCAGUCUAGCCAUCUUGUCAUAAGCUCGACCGAGGAUGCUUGCUCCCCCAAAGGCGGAAUCGUGUUUCUCCUGUUGCAUGUGGCCAUUUACCGGUGACAGUUUAUCCUCGCGGUUGACUGCAAGCUGGUGCUCAUGCAGUCUUGCGCAGAGUCGUUUCCGCGUUUCACCAACAUACCUCGAAUUGCAAUUUUUGCACGGUAUGCUGUAGACCUCUGCUGAUUGUUCCGUUGCCGGUAGCGGGUCUUUGGGUCUCAGUAUCUGCUGUCUGAUGGUGGAUUCCGGUUUAUGGGCCACCCCAAUCCCAAAAGCUGUCUCUUCGGAAGCAUUCCUCAGGUUGGGGGUCGCAAGCCAAAACUUCGGCUUCUCACCGUCUUGUCGCUGACGGGUAGACUUUCGUCGGCACUCACGUAUGAAGGAUCGCAGAUAACCAUUGGCUGUGAAUAAAGAAUGUAGGUAUUUUGCCUCCUUUUUCCCGUCGUCGUCGCUAUAGUGUGUUUGAACUCGUUGGAAGAGAGUUCUCACACAACUUCGCUUGUGACCAAUAGGGUGGUUACUUCGGAAUGGGAGGAUGCGUCUAAUAUUCGUCGCCUUACGGUAUACCGUAGUUAUUAUCCUCCCACUAACCGUCCUUGCAACAUUCACGUCAAGAAAGGGCAAUUGGUUGUUGUUCUCCUCUUCCACUGUAAAUUGGAUGUCGGAGAAUAUUGAGUUCAGAAAGACCUUGAAGUCCUGAACGUCGUUCCUCUUGAUUGCGACAAAUGUGUUGUCGACAUAUCUGGCCCAGAAUUUUGGGAAGUACGAACGGAAGACCAGUCGUUCUAGCCACUGCAGAAACGCCUCAGCAAUCAACCCAGACAGGGGGAUCCCAUCAGUGUUCCCUUCUUCUGCUUGUAAACCCGGUCGCUAAAAGUGAAGAAAGUUCUGAGGCACAAUCCCAGGAGUUCAGUGAUGUGUGUUCGCCUAAGUUGUUGAUCAACUUCAGCGUAUUUUUCCUGAAGAAGUUUCUCAAUUGUGCUGAUGGCGAGGCCGGUUGGAAUGGACGUGAAUAAGGAGACCACGUCAAACGAUACCAUCAUCUCAUCUGGUUCUAUUUCUAGAUUUCUGAUGCUUCUCAGGAAUUCUUCAGCCGACUUUACCGUCCAUUCCGAGCCCUCUAUUUCCGAAACAGAAGACCAAGAGCUUCUAAGAAUUCGGAAGAUGAGGGAUAUCGUCACCCUGCCCGCCCACAAGGGGCGCUCGACUGUUGUCAUGCAUAAGACCGAUUACACGACGAAACUGCAAAGUCUGUUGGAGGACGAAGGUUUUUAUUUAGUCGUCAUUAAACGCAGCAUUUCUGUUCAUUCACUGCUGUCGAAAGUAAUGUACCUGCCGGGGUAGUUCAACCCUUCUCAAUCUCAUUCGGUCGAAGUGGUUUGAUCUAAACUCUUGGUUGGCGCCAGGUCGAGUUACGAUGAAACUGUUUUGAAACGGUAUCCCCCCUACGCGCUGCAGAGCUAUUGACUAAUCUUCGCACACAUAAUGUUCACUCGAUUGAUUGCUCAUCGCACAGACCGCGCCUUACGCAAGCCUUGUAUCUGUGUGUACCAACCACAUGCCCUACAAUCGCCUGUUGUUACUUUGUCUGCCGCCCAUACUGAUACAGAUGACUGUCUGUAAACAGUCCGCCUUCAGCAGGUGGGCAUCGGAAGGCCCUCCUUAAUGCACGAUGAUGCGAGCGCUGGCACAGUUGCGUUAAAAGUGCAGACGUUCACGUGGAUACAGCAUCUUACGUCGCCACUCGCUUUGCCGCAAAACCCACCUCUUCGACGUUUUCCACACCGAAGGCCGGCGGACUGAAUGAAACAUUAGGCUUGGCAGCUACAACCACUCUAUGGCGGUUUUGCCAUUGAAAACAGUCACUGACACGCCCAACUCCGAGCUGCAAUUCCGUAGAAGACUAGAAACAGCCCCAUCUACUCGAAGAGUCCGAGCUGUUGAACUGUUGGCUACCGCUUGACGCGGCCUAUUUCCUCUUUUGGUCAUUAACAAGUCCGGCCUCGUUUUCUGCACGGCAUGGACUUCACGAAGGUCGACCGGAUAGAAACCGAAGUAGAUGUGCUUACUCGUGAAAUGUUAACCGAAAUUCUGAAAUGCGUUUUCGACUCGGAAAGAUUACUUAAAUAAUGUUGCAAUAUUAAUCACCAUGAAGCAUAAUCCCAAUAUAAUUCAGUUAUCUCACGGUGCCGGUUUUUGAAUGAAUUUCCGGCUGCCAGCGAAAACUGCUCUCCGUAAAGAAUGACUUUUUAAGUGGUAAUUAUUUUUCUCGUUGAUUUUCGAUGUCCUUUCAAAUUAAAAUAUAUUUCAUAAACUGUCCUCUUUGAAUUUUACACUUAAAGAAAGGAUAUAAUUCGGUUUUAAAAACUUUUCCAGUUCCCAAAUUAUUUUGAACCCGACUGACCGUUACAUUUGCCCUCAGAGUUCUGAAGCCACAAUCAGUAUAUUUUGUGCGUACAGUAGGAACCGAAACACCUGGCGAAUACGAACUCUCAAAGAAGAUUGGUGGUAGAUACUUCUCACUGAGAUGCCGGCCUUGUGAUAUCUGACCUCUGGCUGAUUGAUGCUUAUUUCGAGCCUGAAAAUCGGGUCACAUCGAUACUGUAGACUCGAAAGCAAGCUUAAACCUAGGUUGUGGCGACGGUUAACAUUAAAGCCGAGAAAUGUGUCUCAUAACUUGUCUGACCGUUAGGUAGUUCAUCUGGCGCGUGUUCCGAACACGAAUCAACGGCCGCGAAACCAAUCGCAGCUCAUUCUGUUGCAUGUUUUCGCAGUCGGUCCACACCUCUAGCUGGUCCAGGGUUUCGGUGGGACCUAGAAAGUACGCCCUGUUAUACGGAGGAUAGUAGUCACCAACUUGGUCAGGUGCCUUCAAAGUACACCCUCGUAUGUUGUGGUCUAGGAGACGCACUUUUGCAGUCGUUCGGCUUCUCCUCCUCCUCCUUCCCCUAGUUCCACCACGUGGCUUUGUCAUAAACUUCGUUUUGUCUGCCUUAUUCUGUGCUUUUAAUGAUAGGGCGCAUGAGGUCGGGAGGCGAACAUGGAAGGGAUAUACACGGGAUUUUCAAUAAGAGCCAUUGCUGGGGAUUUUGCCUUUACCUGUUAAGGCGUGUGUGUGUGUGUUUGUACGUCUGUCAGCUUUAUAGGUAGAGUCUCUCAGUCAACAACUGUCUGACUGCGCAACCUUUAGGGCCGCGUGUCACCCUAAGGGUCUGUAAGGUUGUCUUUGGGGCUCUCAUGCAUGCAAGGAGUGUGUGUGUGUGUGUGUGUCCUUAAUAGGUAGUGCCUUCAGUCGAUGAUUGACUGGUUACCCAUCUUUCGGAGGGUGAUGGGCCGCUUGUCACCCUUCUUGGCCUCAAGGAAUGUGAGUGUCUGCUAUGCUGGAAUGAGCAGACCACGGCCCUCGAAACCUGGUACGCGCUGGCAGUUCUUUGUCCCUCAGCUUCCAGGCGGUAUAUGCGCUUGAGAAUGGCCGCCCAACCAUCCUCGUAUUGCCAAACAAUUGUGAUGCUGUUGUUGGUUAACAUCCUGGUUAAGUAUUUGUUGUGGACUAGGGGGUGUGGAGUGGGGUGCCGAGGUGCAGGCUCAGCCGCGCCAUCCGCUUGCGCCCCCCCCCUCGCCUCCGAUCUUCUUGACUCUGUCUUGACAGUGGGUCCACGUGCGGAGUGGGGAAGAGAGUGCAGCAGAUGCUGCGCAAGUCGACUAUCACAAUAAACUAAUUCACACGCAUAUGUCGCCGUCCCUGCAGUGGGACACACGGUCGGCAGCGACGGUCGAAUUGUCGUACGUCUGUUCGCAACGAGCUUUAAUCUCGCCCUCACCUCCGGAUGAUGCCUGGCCAACCUGGCGUAAACAUCGGCUGACUCCUAACCGCAAACUUUUAUCUGAAACUCUGCAGUUGUGAUUACGGGCCUGUCGCCUUAUAUGCGGUUUUUUUAUAUGUGAAGUGUUAUUUCUACAAGUAUUGCGAGCCCUAGAUUAACCAGAAAAAAAAACUAUCUUGCACGUCAAUCUUACAGCGAUGAGUGUUGUUCAAACAAACCACAGUGACAUCUGGGACUCCAAACACAUACUGACUUAGCAGAUUGGAAUGCAAACCCGAUCUGCUCUUGCCAUUCACAUAAACGAUGAAAAAUGAAAGCUCACAGGGAUGCCAAGCGAACUUUUGAAGUGUAAUUUCUAUUAGAAGCCACCACCUGGGCGUGGUUGUGCUAUUGUUUAUCUCAGGGUAUUUCGAAUGCACCUCUUCCCCGCCGUCUGUGAAAAUAUUAGUUGAAGUGACUGCAGCCGCGUGUUCGGUCAUUCGCGUUCUGCGCAGUGCGGAUAAAUGACGUCAGCUCACAAGUUGCGGCCCACUUGACGAGAUCCAGCCACACGCUCAAAUUCGACGAGGUCGAAAUUCUUUCUAUAAGUGACAGUCAUGUGAGCCGUGGGCUGUUGGAGUUAUGAUUCACAGUGCAAAACCUUCCUCUUCCAUACUCGGUGCUGAGACUUCGCCUAGACGGAGUAAUUAGCCAGUCAGGGAGCGCACAGGUAAACACUGUUCCCACCGCCAGGGUCGUUGUGUCAGAUGGUCGGUCGACCAAUCAUCACACCGACACCCAACACCCGUGAUGAACUUGCAACGAUUAGCGACGUGAAGGUCGGCCAUCGAACGGUCAUCACACCAAGUGCAACAAUCCCCGAUAAGGGGGGAGCCGUGAGUUUUCAUUGGUAGGCGGUAGAAUGGUGACUGCAUCUUACAAAUACUACAGCCCUAUUGUGCAUGAACUACCUCGAUCUGCUUCUAUCUCUGAUGAUGAGUUCGAACAGGAAUCCGAAACGACAGGCGAAUAAAGCUCUUGUCCCAGCGAUUGCGUCUCCUUCACGACUAAAGGAUACCUUUUUUCCAAUACGAAACUGAGAACGCAUCAUGUUCCUCAAUAAGAAUACAAUAAAGCCUUUUUCUGGGGCAGUCUUUCUAUAAAGUAUGCUUGUAUUGAUAAGGACAUCAGUUAAUGAGGGUCAGAGAACAAAAGUCAUAACACUUAGAUUGUUAUCUUUUGUCGAGUGGGAUUUUGUGGGCGUUCGAAAGCCGACAGUCUAACAUGCAACAUACUGACAGUUUGACCGCAGCAGGGCGACUGCGAGCACGGUGACUUGCACAGCGCCCACCGCAAGCUCCCCUCCUUCCCCCCCCACCGAAAACAGGGCGGUGAUGCGGACCCCAUUGGGCGCAACCUGAGCCGGCUCAUUGGCGUGCCACUAAAUCCCCAAUUCCGACAUUUGUCAUGGAUACGCAUCUCCCACGACGCCUGUCGGACUCCACACAACUACUACUUUCUGACAAAAGUUACACUCCAAAAUUUUUAUGGCUCACGCAACCUAAUGACAAUAAUUUAUCUUUCAAUCGAGUCUAAUGGUAUGUCGCUGAGCGUCGAAUAUUUACUUUCAUUGCACUCAGUAGAAAACAAACAAACAGAUUUUUCUCUAACCUGAUAUUAUUAGAACAGGUAAGCAACAACAUGCGCAUAGUUUUCUAUACGGAAAUAAAAACUUUAAAAGAAUGUCAUUUUGCCCUGUAACUACUCACCAUCAUGAUCUGCGACCCCGCCCAUAUGAAAUAAAGUUUGGAAAGUUUUAUUUUUUGGAGUUGAAAAUACACCGAUUCCCGCUUUCACUUCAUCUAGCCCGGACACACCUAAAUGGAUAAAGCAGAAGGCUGGUCGGGCAUCAGAGAGAUUUGUUUAUUACUCUGAGCUUUCAAACUCGGACAGGAGUCCAUCGUCAGAGAUAGCAGCAGUAAUGGCAUUCCCUGUUCUGACUGUCCGUUUAACUACGCAGGUCAACCGCACACAUGUUCCGAUUGCGCAUGCACGAACAUAAGCUGGCUAUGCGACGACACGACGAAAUACCGCAAGUGGCUGGCCAUAACUACGAAACGGCAGCCGUCAGCAUGAUCGCCCACGCCGGAAGCAAGGCGAGUCGAAACCUGGCCUUCGGAAGAGAACUCAGUAAUUCUGUGUAUAGAUGUGGCGCGACAUACAGAGCCCUGUGCGGUCGUCUCCAGACCUGUGUAAUUAAUCGUUGAUUGGCCAGUGACCCCUAUAGCUGUCGCUUGUUCUAUUGCUACAACUACCUCUGGCGAUGGCCUCCUGUAGCAGUUUAAAAAUUCAGAACAGUAAUAAAAAUUGUACCAGUGCUUGACCAGUCUCCCUCUUCCAUCAUACAUACAUACGUCCGGAAUUCGGACAUUCGCCUUCAAACACUUGCAUCAUUGACUGUUAGUUAUUAUAACAACCGUCCGCCGUAUUACAACUUGCCAGGCGGACAAGUCGACGAAUGUCACCCUUCCGAUGCCGUGAAAUAUCCAUCGGGAGAUAUGCAUGCCGCGCGGUAUGGAAACUCGCAUUUCCAACAGGAAAUGCAGGGUGGAAUCUCUUUGAUGCAACAGCAUUCUAAACGGUGAAAUCCGCCCUUACUGGCAGCCACGCGGGAACAAUCAUUACAAAUCUGAUUUGAUUAUUCGCCAACACUCAGGCGUGUUGAGUCUUAUCUGGGUUCGUUGUUGGCAGUCAUGCGAAGAUGGGUCACCAGUGACCGAAAAUAGCCAAAUAUAACUAUUCCAGUUACGAAAAUUUCCUUCCAUCUUAGGAUUAGGAGGUAUGCGGACGUGAGACGUUGUUUUGGGGUAGGUGUACUUGCUCAUUCCUGGCAGAUCGGUGAACCAAAAUCUUGUGUAGUCACCCGAUUGUCUGGUGGUUGCAUCCGUUCAUCUCUCCGUCACGCAAGAAUCCAGAUUGCAGUUGACAAAACCGUACUUCACGACUUUAUCGUUUGCUUUAUCGUAAAACCGCCUUGACCUUGACCUUUGACGGGUCAGUGGAGAGUCACGGUGCAUAUUCCGCAAUCGCGGUUUCAUCAAAACCAGAAGCCUAAUUAUUCGAUAGGCAGCAUUCACUGGGUGUCUUUUCACGAUUCGACAUCUGGAAAUGCUUUGAGAGGUCCGCAAUAGACGAGAAUCGGCGGAAUUGCAGCAGUUGGCUCCGAUCUCUCAAAUGAUCUGACUCAGGAGUACUUUCAACCCCUUUUCGCCCUCACCCCACACUUUCCAAUAUCUCCUUCAUCGUGUUUUGUUUUCCAUUCUGCUCAAAACAACAGGAUGGAAGUAAUCAGUCAAAUGACAUCAUCCGGGUAAAGGGAGUGACCAAACGCUAUCCCCGGAAGAAGCUGCCCGCCGUGGACGAUCUCACCUUCGGCGUGCGUCCCGGAGAGUGCUUCGGCCUGCUGGGUGUGAACGGAGCCGGUAAGACUACCACCUUCAACAUGCUCACCACGUCCAUCAAACCGGACAGGGGAGAGAUCUGGAUCAACGGAUGUAACCUGGAGACCGAUGCUCACAAGGCUCACGCCCAGAUUGGAUACUGCCCACAAUUCGACGCCCUGCACCCCCACCUGACUGGCUACGAGACUCUCCAGUUCUAUGCUCGCAUUCGCGGCUUUCCGGAGAACGAAAUCAAGCCUAUCGUAGACGCUCUUAUUGAUCACAUGUCACUGAGACCCCACGCAGAGAAGAGGGCCUCCGCCUACUCGGGCGGCAAUCUCCGCAAACUGUCCACUGCCGUGGCCAUCCUCGGCAAUCCUCGAGUGCUGCUACUGGACGAACCCACCAGUGGCAUGGACCCCGGCGCCAAGCGUUACCUCUGGGACGUGCUGAAGUCUCUCCUGCGCGACAACUGCUCCAUCGUGCUCACUUCGCACAGCAUGGAGGAGUGUGAGGCGUUGUGCAAUCGGGUGGGCAUCAUGGUGGCUGGACAGUUUCAGUGCUUCGGGACUGUGCCCCGACUGAAGGAGCGCUUUGGUGAGGGCUACAUUGUUGAGGUGGAUGUACGCGCACCGGCAGCGCGGGUGACUGAGAGCCUGCGCGUCGCCCUGGGCGAGGAGAACGUGCAUCUGACGGAGUCCGUGGGCCAACGACUCACUUUCCAGGCCAGCACGCAGGUGCCUCUGGCAGACCUGUUUAAACAGCUGGUUGCUGUGCGCAAUGCCGGCGAAGUGAAGACCUUCGCGGUGCGACAGGCCUCACUGGACUCUGUAUUCGUCAAUUUUGUCCGCAAACAGACGGAAGCCAAGGCUGCCGCCCUGGCGGAAUUGACGGACGAGGAGGAGGAGAUGCAACAGAAUGGCCAGGACGGUGACAUCUUCGACUGGUACGAAAACAGCGAUGAGGUGUCGGGGCAGGAUGGCCAUGAGAGAUGGAUUGAUUUCUAA